AUGGUUGAGUUAGAUCCUGUGGUUCUAGAUGUUGCAAGAGACUAUUUUAGCUUUGAAGAAGAUAAACAUUUGAAGGUACAUAUCACUGAUGGGAUUAAGUUUGUUAGGGAGAUGGCGAAUUUUGAGACUGUUGAUGUAUCAACUCCGAAUUGUAGUGAUAAGAAUGAUACAGAUAAUGGAAGUAGCACUGAAGUGCAUGCAGAUGGAAGGAGCUCUAACAAAAUUGACGUACUUAUUAUUGAUGUAGACUCUUCAGACUUGAGCUCUGGUUUAACGUGUACUGCUUCAGACUUCGUCGAAGAGUCUCUUCUUUCAACUGUCAAAAAUUCACUCUCCGAGCGAGGUCUAUUUGUCAUUAAUUUAGUCUCGAGGUCCUUGGCUGUUGAGGAUAAAGUUUUCUCAAGAUUACAAACGGUAUUUAGCAACAUUUUCUCCCUUCAGCUUGAGGAAGAUCUGAAUGAAGUUAUAUUUGCACUCAAGGACUCUCCUAUUGAAGAAAUUCAAUUUUCUGAAGCUUGUGAUGUACUUGCAAGAUUAUUAGAGCUCGAAAAACCUGAGUGGAGUCGAAGCAUCAUAGAUGGCACAAAAUUGAUCAAACGGCUGAGAUGA